ACAACCUCACCGUACAUACAAAGACGAGAUGGCUCGCAAGUUCUUCGUCGGUGGCAACUUCAAGCUGAACCCGGUCUCGCGGGAGCAGAAGAAGGCGAUCGUGAAGGUGCUCAACGAAGCCGAGCUGGAUGAUGCCGUCGAGGUCGUGAUUGCGCCGCCUUCGAUCUACCUCCUAUCCCUGCUUGAGCUCGUCCGCCCGAGCAUCAAAAUCUCCGCGCAGAACUGCUAUUCCAAGUCCUCCGGCGCGUUCACCGGCGAAAUCAGUGCGGCGCAGCUCGUCGACGCGGGUGUCCCGUACGUCAUCCUGGGCCACUCCGAGCGUCGCACGCUCUUCCACGAGACGUCCGAGAUCGUCGCGGAGAAGACGAAGGCGGCCGUCGAUGCCGGUCUCAGCGUCAUCCUCUGCGUCGGCGAGUCGCUCGCGGAGCGCGAGGCGGGCGUCACCGCCAAGGUCGUCGAGUCCCAGCUUGAACCGGUCAUCAAGCUGCUUAACGAGAAGGACUGGAGUAAUAUCGUCAUCGCGUACGAGCCCGUUUGGGCGAUCGGCACCGGUAAGGUCGCCUCGCCCGCGCAGGCGCAGGAGACGCAUCACGACAUCCGCGCUUACCUGAGCAAGGCCGUGUCGCAGGACGUCGCCGAGUCGACGCGCAUCAUCUAUGGCGGCAGCGUCUCCGCGAAGAACUGCAAAGAGCUAGCUACGCUCCCGGACGUCGACGGAUUCCUCGUCGGCGGCGCUUCGCUCAAACCCGAGUUCGUGGACAUUAUCAAUUCGAAGAAGGUGGCGUAAAGGGUGGACGGAAACGCGGUGAAAGGGCUGCAAUCAAGCAAAAUCAGUGUACCACCUUCCAUGUCGUGAUGUUCGUGCAUAGACUCUUCGGAAAUGCAAUGGGGCACGCAACGGGGCACAGUGAAAAAAUCAGCCGUUGCGCAGGGUGCG